UGAAAAAACUGUGAUCAGGGUUAAUUAAUAUUUACUAAAUAAAUAAGAGCAAACUAUACAUAAUAAAAAAGACUGUGUGCAGUUUGGAAUCUCACUGAGCUGAAUUAACCAAAUUUGAAUAUUUUUUUAAUUGCAUUUUACUCUGUUUUUAUUUAAAUAAAAUCAGCAGAAAAACAAUAAGUAGAAUUUAUUUAUUUUCAUUGGUAAAGUCAAAAGUGCAGAAAAUUGAUAAAUUUUACUCAUUUGGGAGGCCUUGAUUUUUCCGCCCAAGGCAUUUUCAUCACAGGAACAUCGAGUCUGCUUGGCAUUUCAUGGACUACCGUUUGCUUAAAGGUAAGACAUGUUUUAAUUGCUCUUAGUUAAACAAUUCAAGUGUCUGUAGCAGUUAAGCAUUGUCUUAGGUUACUGCAAAUUACCAAACAUGGCAACUUUACUGUACAGCAAGUCAAUUAAGUUAUAGUGUGAAGGAUUCGAAGUCAGUCUACGUCGUCUUUGAUUUGACUAAAUGCAUUGCAAUGAUUGAAAAAGUAGUCUCAAUGUCACAAUUUAAUGUGACUAACGUCAUACCGUUAUAUAGUGGCCGUAGAAUACAAGCUACUCUUUUAUUUAAUUGAGUUUUUUGGCCUCAGCCCAAGCUCCCCCUCCCCCACCUUAACAAGCUAGCUAGCAUGUUUGGCACCAUAAUGGAGGAACAGACGUUGUUUUCAACGGGAUGUGUAAGGGAUGUUUUUUUUAAGCCAAUCACCCAGUAUAGAGGACAUCAAAGCCAGAUGGCCCGCUCUAUUUGAGACAUCUCACAUCCAGGAUGAGUUUCACAGAAUCACAAUGGUGCAUCUUGAAUCAAAGUUCAUGUCCAAACUGGAUGAAUAUACUCCUCGACUUCUGAACCUCUUCCACUCCAAGGGCGGAAACAUGGGGUUGAGAUUACAGGCUGUCCUACUCAAGACUCCAAGCAAUCCUGACAUCAACAUGACCAGAGAUGUUAUCAUUCGAUGUUUGAUGCUGUACCUUGGGGAAUCUACAGAUCAACUCUUAAAAGAGUACGAUGAUGCUGAUGAAGACAGUGUGUCACAGGACCUUGCUGUUCAAAGCCUGAAGAUCUACAACGUCAAAGCUAACAUGUCAGAGGAUCCAGACAUCGGUAUCAUGGUGGACGGCGUGAAAAUUCUAACUGCUCUGGGUGACUUUCCAAGGGCUUGCUCCCUGCUUGUUGGGUUGGCGUAUGCUGUGAAUCUUGCUUAUCCAAAGGAGCUCAGAUACACGUUUGAAGUGUUUCAGAAACUUCUCCUCGGGCUGGAUUGUUCAAAGCUCUCCCCAAAAGUGAACAGCCUCAGGAAUAAACUACUGGCUUAAGAAAACGGACCCUUGCUAAACAAAAGGGAAUAGACAAGUCACUGUGAAAACCAACACGCAAAACUUUGUGAAAUGCUCUGUGAAGUUAGUUAAAAUUAGGGUAAUUUUCAGUUCAGUGGAUUUCUGCAUGUGUAUUUUUUCUUGCAGUACAUUACAGUUAACCACCCUUUCUAAGGACUGACCCCUUGUUCUCAUAUGUGGUAGUGCGGCCUGUUGUAUGGCUUUGGAUCUGUUCAGGUCUGUCACAUGAACCCUUGUCCCUUUUAUACAGCAUAGAGCAUCCACUAUUGCCUUUUUGGAGAGUCCAUGCAGGCUUCACCACUGAAGGGUGAUGAUCUGCAGACUGCAAAACUUUGUUGUGUUUCACUUGCACUUUAUAUAAUAUGUUUUUGUUCAGUUCUGUCUUUCAACUUAUUUUUCGAAAAGGAAAGUAAGUGUCACAGAGCCAAGGGCCCCAACACAGUGACAAGAUGUAGCAUAAACAUACAAAAAAAGAAAAUGGAAGUUUUUAUGCCUCAAAGGUCUCGCACAUCUCUCACAUCUUGUCAUGUGUUUUCCCCAGGUAAGUUUUAUGUGCAUACUUGUUUUGUGCUCUGCAUGCCUCUUAAACAUAAAGUGAACUCUUAUGUGAUUGAUAAAUUGUUGAAGCAAGCUUAACUGGUCCAAGUUGGUUGUUGUUGAUGUGAUGGUUCUAAAAAAUCAUGUUAACUAUACUUUGAGCAGAGUGGCACUAUGUUUUUGACUUGAUACUGAUAUAUAUUGCCCCUUCUCUGUUUUAUUGUUGUAUUUUGGAAUUUUGCAUUUGUUGGGUGCUGGAUAAACACGUUUUAUAAAGUUGCACAAAUAAAUGCUGCUGCUGUUUUAUGCAUUGUAAUUUGUUGUUUUUUGAUGCCACUCAAGUUUGGUCAGGAUAUUGGGUAAAUUAGACACAGAAAAAUUAUGGCAACAAAGUGACAUUCAAUAUUAUUGAAUAGAUUUAAAGUCCUAUGAUACAAAUAAAAACUUAAAAUUUAUCAAUUAUUUUAGCUACAGAUAAAUAAGAACAACAGUGUUAAUGUGUUGAAUUAAGCAAUAAUGUGCUACAAUAUGAGUUGAUAUCAUUUAUAUUAUUUACUAAA